UUGGAACUGGAGGCCAUACCAUGCUCCUCUGCCUCUGUACCUUCAUCCUUUGGGCAGGUGUUACGACGCAAGAAUCUCCACUAGACUCAGCUCAGACAUGCUCAACGCAGGUGUCUAUCCAAGGUGGCACCAUGUUGCUCUCAGAUGGGUAUCGCCAAGGUAGCAUCCUCACCUAUUCCUGCCCCGAUGGCUCUUAUCCAUACCCAGCGCGAAGCCGGAUGUGCCAGGCAGAUGGGAACUGGUCUCCCAUGCGUUCCCCCUCCGGCAGACUUGUGACCCAAGCAUCAUGCCGAGACAUGCGAUGUCCUCCUCAGCAGACCUUUGAAAAUGGCUUCUACGGCCCACGACUAAGCGCACACCGUGUUGGCAGUGUCUUGAAUUUUGAGUGUUUCGACGGCUACCAGCUCCACGGUUCAGCCCAACGGCAUUGCCUGCCCAACGGCCGCUGGAACGGAACUUCUCCCGUCUGCGAUGAUGGAGCGGGACAUUGCCGGAGUCUCCCCACCCCUCCAGGAGCACUUUCCAGUGGGGGGCGUAAUCGUCUUGGCGAUCGGAUCUCAUUCCAGUGUAUGAAGGGGCUGGACUUGGUAGGGUCAUCCCAGCAUGUCUGCACUCCAGAGGGGGAGUGGUCAGGAGCUGAGACAAGCUGUAGAGCCCCUUACUCUUAUGACCGGGCUGAAGAUGUUGGAGCUGAAUUCGGGGCCUCGUUGACCAAUGUUCUGAGUGUGGUAUCAUCUGGGACUGACCAUGUGCCAGCUCAAUCUUUAGGACGACGACUUAUACUGUCCCAAGGCAGUUUCCUCCAUGUCUACUUGCUUGCGGAUGCCUCCCACAGCGUCACCAAAGAGAACUUUGAGAUCUUUAAAAACUCUCUGGAAAUCAUCAUUGACAGGAUUGCCAGCUUCGAAGUGCCGGUCAGGUUCGCUGUGUUCUCUUACGCCAGCCAGCCUAAGAAAAUCGUUGACACCUUUGAUGAUAUAGCUGAAGACCCAGACUUGGUUAUCGAAAAGAUGAAGGACAAAAUGAAAUACGAAGACCAUGGCAAUGCGACAGGGACCAACAUCCAGCAAGCGCUGAUGGCUGUCUACCGCAUGAUGAUCAGCCACCGAGCCUCUAAUGACAAGGGCUGGGAUCAAACCCGCCACGCCAUCAUUCUGCUCACGGACGGGAAGUCCAAUAUGGGUGGCUCCCCCAGAAAUGCUACGCUCAGGAUAGAAGACUUACUGAAUGUGGCAGCAAACCGAAAAGACUAUCUGGAUAUCUACGUCUUUGGUGUCGGGAACCUGGACGUAGACUGGGACGGUAUGAACGAGGUGGCGUCGAAGAAGGCGGGCGAGAAACACGUCUUCAAAAUGAAAGAUUCUAUGGAGCUCAAGAAAGCCUUCGAAGAUGUUCUGGAUCCCAGAGAUCUGAAGGAUCUAUGUGGUAUGGCAAACAACUCCGCUAGUGCCAGUUGGGAUCAACAGCAACCGUGGCAUAUAAUGCUCCAACAUACUACGCAGGGGGAACCUAGUUGUCGGGGUGUCUUGAUCUCAAAGACAUGGGUCCUAACAGCGGCUCACUGCUUCAGCAAGUUUAACGACACUCUCAGCUGGAGAGUCAUUCUGGCUGACAAGACUGCUUACAAGACUGGACUCCCAAUAAAGAGACGAAUUGACCACGGCUUAUACAACGUCCGAGCUAAGGUGGCCCAGGGCAUCGAGGAAUUCUACGACUACGACGUCUCCCUGCUAGAACUGGACGUACCCAUGCAGGUGGCUCAGAAACUCAGGCCAAUCUGUCUCCCCUGCACCACAGGUGCCAACAAAGCUCUGAAAAAGCCAGAGACUGCAACCUGCAAGGAUCACGAGUUGGACCUGCUGAGUUUCGAGAAGGUGCCCGCACAGUUUGUAUCCCUGGACAACGAGAGGAUGAACGUACUGAUCAAGACAAAGAAAAGCCGCCCGAAGUGCAUUUCUGCCGCUGUCCAACACAAGCUGUACUCCAAAGUGGCCAACAUCUCUGAAGUCGUGACUGACCGAUUCCUGUGUAGCGGAGGAGAUGGGAACGGUGUGGUGGAGGAUGCGGUUUGCAAAGGUGAAUCUGGGGGGUCCUUGUUCGUAGAGAGGCGAGCCCGAUACUUCCAGGUGGGUGUGAUCAGCUGGGGGACAUUUGAUCCUUGUGAAAAGAAGGGGAAAAGCAUGGAGACUGGACACAGAAUUCGGGAAGCACCCAAGCGGGGUCAGAAACCACGAGAUUUCUACAUCAGUCUGUUUCAAGUACAGGAUUGGCUACGGCACCAUCUAGCGGGAUCCUUGAGAUUUAUCCCUCUGCAGUGAUUCCUCCCCCCCCCAAAAAA